UGCUGAUAUCCUUCCGUUUCGCCAAGGCCAUUGAAACUAAAAACAAACCUCUUCAAUUUUCCUCAGAGCGACUAAUAACAAAUCUCUCUGAGUAACUCUGAUCCGAAAAUCACCAAUCUCAUCAAUCAAAUUCGAGAUUCGAUCGCAUUUGAUUUCAAAACUCUUCUCCGAAUCUGUUCAAACCCACCGACGAGAUUCCGAUGUGGGUUUCGCCGAUUUAACAAUCUGAUUGCAAAGUUCGAAACUUUCCGAGAUGGGUUUCCUCGAAUCGGUGAAAUCGAUCAAUUGGGAACACGAAUCCUUCCCUACUUACCAGGAUUUCGCCUUCUUGCCUCUGUUCGCUGUGUUCUUUCCUUCCAUACGGUUCCUUCUCGACAGAUUCGUCUUCGAGAAAGUGGGAAGGUACUUGAUUUAUGGAAGGCAGAAUCCGAAAAAGAAUGACAAGAAGACGAAAAUCAGAAAAUUCAAAGAAUCAGCUUGGAAGUGUAUCUACUACCUCUCAGCUGAGCUGCUUGCUUUGUCUGUGACAUACAACGAGCCUUGGUUUACAGACACUCUCUACUUCUGGAUUGGUCCUGGAGAUCAGAUUUGGCCUAAUCAACAGAUGAAGAUAAAGUUGAAGUUCUUAUAUAUGUAUACAGCUGGCUUCUACACAUACUCUAUAUUCGCGUUGAUCUUUUGGGAAACAAGACGUUCUGAUUUUGGUGUUUCGAUGGGUCAUCAUAUCACUACUGUUAUCCUCAUCGUCCUCUCCUACAUCUGCAGAUUCUCUCGUGCUGGUUCUGUUGUUCUUGCACUCCAUGACGCGAGCGAUGUGUUUCUUGAAGUUGGGAAGAUGUCGAAGUACAGUGGAGCUGAGGGUAUAGCAGCCUUUUCGUUUGUUCUUUUUGCUUUGUCUUGGGUUGUUCUACGUCUCAUUUACUAUCCUUUCUGGAUCCUUUGGAGCACGAGCUAUCAGAUUAUUAUGACUGUGGACAAGGAAAAGCAUCCUAUCGAAGGACCAAUCUACUACUACAUGUUCAACACUCUCUUGUUUUGCUUGCUUGUUCUUCAUAUAUUCUGGUGGGUUUUGAUUUACCGGAUGCUUGUGAAACAAGUACAGGAUCGAGGCAAGCUUAGCGAAGAUGUCAGAUCCGAUUCUGAGAGUGAUGAUGAACACGAGGAUUGAUCACUGCAGGUUUGGGACUCUGUUUAUAAGAACAGAGGACUUUCAGGCUUUCAUUUAAAAAGUGGGAGGAUCGGAACCGGAUCAAACCGGUUUUAUUGAUCGGAUAACUUUGGAAAUUUCAUUUUUGGAUCGGUUUUCCCAAGAUUUUGUUUUAGACAUUGCUUCACUUGUUUUUUUGUUUCUGUUCUUUCUUUAGUUUUAUGUUAUGGACCUGGUUUCUUGUUUUGGAUCAUCAGUGCAAUAAUACAAUUCAUUGUACCACUGAAAUGCCAUGACAUUUUGACUCCGGAAGAAUAAUCCGCAGGGUAAAUGAUUUUUUUGUUGUUUUAUUUCUUAUUCUUUCCGUUUCAUUUUAGUUGUUAUUUUAGCUUUUUACAUACAGACUAGGUG